AUGGCCGAGGAGGAGGAGGUGGACCCCUGGGGCCUCGUGGCGGACGUGCAGGGCGUCAAUGGCGAUGUGGCCGAGGAGGACCUCGCUGGCAUCGAGGCGGAGCUUCAGGACUUCGGCGAGCUGGAGCGGCAGGCGGCCGAGGAGGACGUCCUCGCGGGGGGGGUCGACGAGGCGCCCGCGGUCGUGGAGGAGAGCGAGGUGGCCCUCCUCGAACAGCAGGCGGCACUCGCGGCGGAGGAGGAGGAGGACAACGAGGAAGAGGGCGCCGACCUGGGAGACCUGGAGGAGCAUCUGAAGGACGCCGUGGAAGGUUCCGAGAGGCUCAAGCGCUUGCUCAGCCGAGACGAAGAUGCUGGACCAUCGAAGAAAAGGAAGAUCUCGCCCGAAGCGGUGGAGCACACGAAGAAGGUGAUGGCUAUUCUGACUAGGUGGAACUUGCAUCUCGACGCCGUGUGCGUUCACGUGCUCGAGGGCCUCUCCGCGGAGGAGCUAGAUGCCAUCGGGAAGUCCAACUACGCCCCAGACCGGUUUAACCAGUGGAAGUCGCCCGCGGAACUCCUGGCGAAGUACUGCAACGAGACGAGGGAGCGCCAAUUCGCUGGCGGAUCGCCUCUUGACUGCAUCUCCGCCUUCAAGUUCCGGUGGAAGCUCACGCUCGACCAGGAGAAGCUGCUCCGGUCCCUCCCGCACAAGCACCUUCGGCACGUCAUCGGCAACUUCGACAGCUCCAGGACCCUGGAGGAUGUCGUUUCCGAGGCCCAGGCGGGGGACGAGUUCGACGACGCGUCCUCCACGAGCGUGCUGCCGCAGGGGGUGGGCACCACUGUGAUCGGCAGGUUCUCCCGCCUGGAGCUGAUAGAUCCCCUCGCGGACGCAGCGGUCUUCGGGGACGCCAACCUCACGUUCUCGUUGCGGUUGGCCAGGCACCGGACCGGGCUGGGGCACGUGGGCAGGGUCAUCGCGACGACCUUCGAGGAUUUGCCGACGUUGCGGGAGCGUUACAAGGAGAUCGACACGACGAUCGAGAAGCUGGAGGCUAUGUACUCGGAGGUGUACCAUGGUGUGGACUGUACCCGCAUCGCCAUGGACACUCGCCUCAAGGAUAUGGAGAGCUCCCUGGGCGCCGUGUAUUACAACUUCCCACAUUCUGGGGCGAUCCAGGGGUUCUUCGACGGGCACCCCUGUGUGAAUUGGAGGCACGAGAAUCUGAUGCGACUGUUCUUCCGAGGGCUCCGCACCUACGUGAAGCCUGGCGGCUUUGUGAAGGUUGCGUCCAACAUGAGUGCCGUCGGCGUGCGGUACUCCUACAUAGUCGGCGGCGCCCUGGAGAACGAGUUCCUGCACGUCGAAACGGUGCCUUUCCUGGAAUGGCACCUGCACCGGUACGGGCGAUCCUACGGGGACAAGCGCGACGUGUACAAGCGCCCCGAUGCCUCUAACAACCAGAGCUAUAACGCGCAGAGGGCCGAGGCCGACAUGGUCUACUGCUUCGUCUUCGCGCCCACGGGCGGCGAGCUGCCGAAGCAGCCCGUGCGCCUCCCGCCGACGCUCAGCACGCUCAAACGCUGCACGGAUGGACCGUUCAAGUCCAUGCCGAUGGGCACCCCAGCGAGGAACAACCUGGCCGCCCAGCUGCACAAGCGAUUUGUCACGGAGGUCUCGGGCACUCACGUCGGCUGA